AUGCCGACCAUACGCCUCCAUCCUCAAUCAUCUCCAAAACCAACACCAACUCCCUACCCCCUUACCAACCCCCUCCCUCAACUCCUCCAGACCCCUUCAGGCCUCGCCCUGCUCGAGCUCCAAGGCACAAUCAAUCUUCCCUCAACAGAGCGCGAUGAAUGGGAUCCCGCACCAGAACCUCAAUCACCCAAUGGUACAUCUUAUGAAACCCCGAUCGGUAAACUCAUGUUCCCGGAUUAUUCGGCCCUAAACCCCGAUGACACCAAGUGGAUGAAACGCGCAUAUCUCUAUGUGGGCCGGUACCAGCGCAUGACGGGGGAAGUGAAGAAAUUGCCCAAGCCAAUUGCUCUUUUGCAGAAACGACCUUCUUCAUCUGCGGAGAUUGAGGAGUUGGAAGUUGUGGAGAUUGUGCGGUAUAAGGUGUUUUUCAAGAACCGGCCGGAACCUGUGAACAAUAUUUGA